GUUAUCGGUUUUUAUUUGACACAAAUCCUAGCGUUAUCUUGUUGCUUUAGGAAUGAAAAUUGAUCGAACUGAUUAUAUUUGGAAUAUCAGUGAUCGAAUUUCUGUUUGUAAAGGUGCUUGUACUUCCUUAUUUAUCACUUGUGUUUCAUGAUGUUUAAAAUCAUCGUACUGGUAUUAUCCGCCAGCCUCUCUAUCUCAGAUGCGAUUAUUUGUUACCAGUGUGCGGAUGCCAAGGACAAUGGCAAGUGUAAAGAAGAGAUUGAUGUACAACUGUCAGAGUACCAAAGGUUUCAAAACAUGACUGAUCUAACAGACACGAAGUUCCCUAGCACGUUUAAGUAUCUAAAAAACUGUACACAGAAUUGGGGAGAUCGGUGUUUGAUUGAGAAAAUACACGAAGCAGGAACUGGUACAUUGAUGUCAUUCAUCAGAGGUUGUACAGACGGGAAGGUGUUUUCCCUUAGUGAUUAUCCCAACAGAACUAUAGUUGCUGACAACCAGACGACUUGUGCUUACAGACCGGGAAGCGGGAAAAUUGUCGUCUGCUUAACUACCUGUAAAACAGACCUGUGUAACGGACCCCAGCCUCCUCUGCACGAUGAAGCCUCCACCAAUCGCGUUUAUUUCUUGUUAACUAUAACUAUGUUGAUAAUUACAAGUGUAAAACAAUUCGAUUAAUUUCUUUAAUUUUGAACAUUUCUGAUUACAGCGUGUAGAGGAAUGAGUGUAUGAAUCGCUGCAUGCUUAAUUCUUUUAGCAGUAUAUGUAUUUACAUUUUUAGCACUGUUUUGUUAACCUACCCAUGCUGUUACAGAGUUGGUCAAAAUAGAUUAUAUAUCUAUUACUGUUACAUUUAGAUGAACAAUGUAGAAGAAUGUCUGAGGGAAGCAAGCAGGUUUUUCCUCCACACAGUACUGUGUCAUUAUUGUAUUGUUAUUGUUUUCGCAGCCUGGUAGUAGGGUACACAACUACCACAGUACAGAGGACUGUUUUCUGUAUCUACAUGAUUCAUGAUACAUAUCGCAGUGACCAUUGUGUCGUUCUAUUCUACGUUCGUUAUUUUAUUCCAUCGCUACAUUUGGAAUGUUUUUUGUUUGUAAACAUUGUAAUGAUAGCCAUUUCCCCAUGAACGCGGCUCAUGAAGUUUGUCUGCGUGCGACGUCGCAGUUUAUACCGGUAUAUAUUUUUGUCAAAAAUGAAGUUUAUUUCUUACAUGAAUUCGUUGAAUUAUUUUUCCUAUAUGAGUGAAUAUCCAUUCUUUUUUUCUUUUUUUGUGACAGCUAAGCUAAAAAUAAAUAUGUUUUGUCGCUA